GGUCACUUGCAUGAUUUCUUCUCCGCCCUUUUCAUCGGCUGCGCCCAUUAGGUUUCGAUCGUUUGAUCUUUGCACGGAAAUCUAGCUUUCUCACGCUACCUUCUCCUGCCCUCUUUGAAUUGAGGGCUUGGUGGAGUCAGCUGUAGUCGAUAGGAGCGAAGGAGGAUGUCCGAGGAACCCAAGAAAGGUGAUGAUGGCACAACUACCGACAUAUACAACGUUGAAGCUGCCGAGAUCCUUGCGAACGAGGCUCAGCUUCUCUCUAUCGCUGAGGCAACUCCAAUCUACGAGCAACUUCUUUCUACGUUUCCUACAGCUGCCAAAUACUGGAAGCAAUAUGUGGAGGCAUACAUAACCACUCACAACGAUGAGGUUACAAAACAGAUAUUCAGUCGGUGUUUGUUGAACUGCCUUCAAAUUUCACUAUGGCGCUGCUACAUCAAUUUUAUCAGGAAAGUAAAUGAAAAGAAGGGAACUGAGGGUCUUGAGGAGACCAGGAAAGCAUUUGAUUUCAUGCUGAAUUAUGUUGGAUAUGAUAUCUCUUCUGGACCUGUAUGGUUGGAAUACAUUGCUUUCUUGAAGUCAUUACCAGUUACAACAGCUCAGGAAGAAUCUCACCGCAUGGCAAAUUUAAGGAAAGUAUAUCAAAGAGCAAUUGUAACUCCAACUCAUCAUGUUGAACAGCUUUGGAAAGACUAUGAAAAUUUUGAGAACUCUGUUAAUCGCACAGCUGCAAAAGGGCUUGUAUCUGAAUAUCAACCAAAGUUCAAUAGUGCCCGAGCCGUCUACAAAGAACGAAAGAAAUACCUAGAUGAAAUUGACUGGAAUAUGCUUGCUAUUCCUCCCAAUGGAUCAUACAAGGAAGAGCAACAAUGCAUGGCUUGGAAAAGGCUUCUAGUCUUUGAGAGAGGGAAUCCCCAAAGAGUUGACAGUGCAUCUGCUAACAGACGCAUUACAUUCUGUUUUGAGCAGUGCCUCAUGUAUUUGUAUCAUUAUCCUGAUAUAUGGUAUGAUUAUGCCACAUGGCAUGCCAGUAGUGGUUCUGUGGAUUCAGCAGCUAAAGUAUUUCAACGGGCUUUGAAGGCUCUUCCUGAUUCUGAGUUACUGAAAUAUGCAUAUGCGGAACUAGAAGAGUCUCGAGGUGCAAUUCAGUCUGCUAAGAAAAUAUAUGAAAGUUUUCUUGUCAGCAAUUCUGGUGCAACAUCUCUAGCUCAGAUUCAGUAUAUUAGAUUUCUAAGGAGAAGUGAAGGCAUAGAAGCAGCUCGGAAAUACUUUUUGGAUGCUAGAAAAUCACCAAGCUGCACAUAUCAUGUUUUUGUUGCAUAUGCCACAGUAGUCUUUUGUGUUGACAAGGACUCAAAGGUCGCCCACAAUAUAUUUGAAGCUGGACUAAAGAGAUUCAUGAAUGAGCCCGGUUACAUUCUUGAAUAUGCAGAUUUUUUGUGUCGCUUAAAUGAUGAUAGAAAUGUUCGGGCUUUGUUUGAGCGUGCUUUGAGUUCACUUCCCCCUGAAAAAUCUGUGGAGGUCUGGAAAGGAUUUUCCAAGUUUGAGCAGACAUAUGGAGAUUUGGUGAGCAUGUUGAAGGUUGAACAAAGAAGGAAGGAAGCCUUAUCACAAAUGGUUGAAGAAGGUUCGCCAGCACUGGAGAACACUCUGUAUGAUGUCAUUUCACGUUACAGUUUUAUGGAUCUAUGGCCCUGCUCAUCAAAAGAUCUUGAUCAUCUAUCAAGACAAGAGUGGCUCAUGAAAAACAUCAACAAGAGAGUUGACAAGUCAAGUUUACUUAAUUGUGUUAAUAUCACUGGUGGAGACAAGGUUUCUGCUGGACUGACAACAAAUUCGAAGUCGCUGCCACCGUCUUCAAAGGUUGUUUAUCCAGAUACCUCUCGAAUGGUUAUAUAUGAUCCAAGACAAACUCUAGGAUCUGAGGUUCCUGCAUCUUCCAAUUCAACACAUACCUCUGGUUUACCUCCUGUUGGUAAUAGUACAACUGCAGUCAGUGACAUUCUUAAACUAAUCUCACCAGUGCUGGCCACUUUUAUCACAAAUUUGCCUGUUGUUGAAGGCCCACUUCCAGAUAUAGACGUUGUCUUAUCUAUUUUACUACAGAGUCCUACACCAACAACACGGAUUGGAAAACCAGCAGUUUCUCUUCAGCAAAUGCAGGCAGGUCCAGGUCCUAGCACAAGUGAUCUUUCAGGCUCCACCAAGACACGGAUGAACAAUGGGCCAUCCCACAAGCUUCCCAGAGAUGAACAGUCAGGCAAACGAAAAUAUCUUGAUAGGCAAGAAGAUGAUGAGAGCACAACUGAACAGAGCCGUCCACUUCCAAAGGAUGUGUUUAGACUGCGGCAAAUGCAUAGAAGUCGAGGUCUGAGCACUUCGCAGACAGGAUCGGCAGCUUCUGGUGGUAGCGUGUUCUCCGGCGAGCCAUCUGUUAGCAUUAGUAAUGAUUGAUCAUUUUCAGUCCCUUGCUAAACAUUGUCAUACUUACACUCCACUGGAUAACUUAAAGGCAGUAUAAGAUGAUGUAUGACUCGCAUUGAUGUUGUAUAUCUGUCUAUUUAUCUUUCUAAUGUACGGGUGGCCGGGUGAUUCUAAAGGUCACUUUGGAUGGAAAACCAAAGAUGGUUGUUGUAAAUCAACAUAUUUAAAUAUAAUUUUGUUUUUACUCUCA